UGCUUGGCAUGUAUUUCCAAAACAAAUGUGACAUAAGCGGCGGCCCGGCAAUUGAUGAAAACACAUUUUCGCGAUUUGUUUUAGUGAAAAGCACGGAAAAUGUCUCUCAACGUCCACCGAAUCAGAUCUCCAGCAUUUCAAUUACACCAUGCAUUGAAGAAGCAUUACUCGGUCGCAGCAGCAACGAAAGGAACGGCCAAAGCGAGCGAGCUGUUUUCCGACGAGCAACGCAGACAGCGGGAAAAUGUGGGCCGUAUCGAGAAGAUUGAAGUUCGGUACCUUGGCUUACCGCACGACACAACGCUCGUGAUGAACCGUGAACUGUCCACACCGUACGAUUGCGCCCGACACAUCGGCGAAAAGUACUGCCAACAGUCGGCCUUGGCCCUGCUGGACAACAAAACACCGUGGGAUAUGCGUCGACCGCUGCGCGAUUCGUGUACGCUGCAGCUGCUUAACUUUACCGCGCCCGAACCACACAUCGCGAACAAAGCGUUCUGGCGAUCCUGUUCCUUCCUGCUGGGGGCUGUACUGCAGGCGAGCUUUAAACCGGAAGCGGGACUCUUCCUGCACAGCUUCCCCAAACCAAACGGUGAGUAUAGGCAACAGCCACAUUUAUGCCACCGGCUUCGUUCGUUAACAUCUCUUUUCCCCCUUUUGUUUACAGUAAAAUCUGGCAGCUUCGUGCACGAUAUCGUGCUGGUCGAAGAGCACUGGAAUCCAACCGUGUCCGAGCUGCGUGCACUAUCGAUCGCAAUGGUGAAACUCGCACAGAAAAAUCUUCCAAUCGAGCGGCUCGAUGUGAGCAGCGAGCUGGCGCUGGAAAUGUUUCACGAUAAUCCGUACAAACGCGAACAGAUACCGAGCGUGGCUGGACAGAACAAUGGGCAGGUGACGGUGUACCGGGUGGGUGAGCAUGUGGACAUAAGCAAAGGGCCAAUGAUGGGUUCGAGCGGUUUGCUCGGUCGGUGUACGAUCUCGGUGGCGCAUCCAGUUAAGGAGGGAAGCGAAAGCGGGAAGCAUUUCUAUCGCAUGCAAGGGGUUGCCCUGCCGGCUGUACUCCGCAUCGGUCACUUUGCGUACAACAUACUGGAGAAUCGUUCGCGAAAGCUGAAUCCGGCCAAAUUACCGAAUGAACCGUUUGAGGAUACGGUCGCAGAGCAAGUAGCGUAGAGAGGGUGUGAGCAGUUAAAGUUAGAAUGAUAAAAUGGAAAAUAAAAGGCCAUUACAUGAUUAUUGUCGCUGAAUGAAGAGCA